UAUUGGUUAAGUCAACUUCCCAUGUUGAAUAAUCUCAAGGAUUUGGAGUUGGUGGCUUGUGGUGAUGAUAGCAUAAUACUUGGUGCUUGUGUUAUUUUAUUGAAAGCAUCACCUUCACUAUGUAGGUUCACAAUCAAGAUGCUAAAUACAGAACCUACUUUUAGAACAGAACACAAAUUUCCAAAGGAAUGUCAAUACAGUAUUAAGGAGUUGGAAUUGGUUGGAUUUUGUGGUGCAGCAUGUCAAGUUGAAUUAGUUAUGCACAUUCUUGAGAAUGCAGUUGAACUCAUGAAAAUAACUAUUGAUACAAGGUUACCAACUAAACCAAAAGUGCGGCUACUGGGCGAGGAGCAAUUCAAAACUUGGAAUUGCGAAGAAAACAGAAAGCAUGCUUUGCGACUGAAGGACAAAAUACCGCCUUCGAUUGAAUUUGUUUGUCUUUGACGAUAUAGGAUUACCUCUUGUAGAAUUGUAAAUCUCGCCGAGUUGUGAGACUUAGAACAUUAUAUAAAG